AUGAGCGAUGAGGUUGAGAAUGAGCUGACAUUCCUUAUCGCGAAAUUCCUUAAAUUGAAAUUUCCUGAAAUUGCAGAUAGUUUUAUUCAGAAAUGCGAAGAAAAGAAACAAUUUCCAUCAAGAAUUUUUGCAAAAAAUCCUACUUUCGAGGAGCUUGAUAAAGACAUCCUUUAUGGAAUGCCUAAUGAUCAACUUCUUCAAUUAAUUAAGCGCUCAAUACCAAAUUCAAAUUUUCCAUCCAUCCUAGCAAGCAAAAAAAUAGAAAUUAAACCCAUAAAUCAAAUAGAUUCACUCAUGUAUCAACUUGGAUCACCAGUAGAACAAUUAUACAAGUUCAAUCCAUCACAUAGAAUAUCUGGCCAUUUUGACUCAUGUUUUUGCAUUGCAAUUGAUAGAUCAUCGAGUAUUCUUGUUACAGGAGCGGAUGAUUUUGUGCUCAAAGUCUGGAAACUCCCAGAAAUUACUUUAUUAAAAUCUUACGUCAAACUUCAUACGAAAGAAAUCACAGAAGUCAUCAUUCAUCCACUCAAUACUAUGUUCGCUUCUUCAUCCUAUGACGGCCUAAUCAAUAUAAUUUCUUUAUCAGAAAGCAAAAUAAUUCAAACAAUCGAAAACAGAACAGGUGUUAUACAAAUCAAGUUUUCUCCAUGCGGAAACUAUCUUGCAGCAGCUUGUCUCGGUCGAUCAGUCAAAAUUUUCAAAUUUGACGGAAAUAAUUUUUCUGAAUAUUUAGUUUUUGACAAAAUGGAGAGUGAUCCAGACUGGUUAUCAUUCUCACCAGGUGGACAAUUCCUUGCCGUGUCCGGAGACAACGGAUUGAUCUAUGUUAUCCACAUUACAAUGAAAUUAGUUACGAGAUUAGAAGGACACAGCAAAAACGUUGUUUACAUAGCUUUCAGUCGCAAUUCACCAAUGAAUAUAAUCUCUCUAGCAUCAGAAGAACGUUCUGUCAAGCUGUGGACAGUUGAAAAUGACAUUUGGGGUUCAACAAAAACACUUUCAUCGAAAUUGCCAGGUGGAAAUCGCCGCAAACUUAUUGGAUGUUGUUGGAAUGCUGAUGACACAAGAGUUGUUGCUAUAUCUCCUUCUAAUUUAUAUGCUUGGGAUAGUUCUAGUAUGAAAACAAUUUCGAUUUGUCAACAUGAAACAUUUCUUGAAUAUAAUAAUUUUUUGGCAGCGAAUCCUGUAUUUCCUAAUAUUGUUUUUGUGGGAACAACAACAGGAAAUUGUUCUCUUUGGGAUAUAGAAAGUGGUAAAAUAAUUGCAGGACAUGCUUUGGAAAUUGCAGGAAGAAUAAAUUGCGUUGUUUGGUCGAAUGAUGGUUUAUCUGCUUAUACUGUUGAUGAUAUGGGUGGAAUUACGAAAUUUUCUUGUGCAAACGAUGGUGUUUUCAAGACAACUGAGAUGUUCUUUGCAGAAGAGAUAUUCGAAGGUGUAGAACCAAGUGAUUUGAUUGUAGAUCAGAAUAAUGUUCCUUUGGAUCCUCAACCAUCAUUAAAAUUAAAUUUGAAAAAGAUUAAAUUGGCCGAACAAAAAACAGAUGAAUUUAUUGAAUUGUUGGAAAAGAACUUGACGCAGAUAUGGCGUAAGAAUGGAAUAUUACCACUUAAGGAGCUUAAACUCAGAAUGAAAGUUGAUAAUAAACUAAACGAGGAAGAAGACAAUUUGUCAGAUGAUAAUGUUCAGAUCACUUCAUCUGCUGACAGACAAAUCUUUGAUUUGGAAAAUAAAGAAGGAUUAACAAAGAGGCAGACAAAUGCUAAGGUAGAAAACUCCUCAAAUAGUGACUCUGAAGAAGAGGAUUUGGAUGAUUAUACAUUAAACAUGGAUUAUAUCAAUAGACCACCUCAAAAAAUUGACAAAAAUUAUAAAAGUGAACCAAAAAGUGACAGAAUUGAGAGGAUUUAUGAAAUGGAAGCGAGUGAAGACUUGGAUGACUUCCAGAGAAAAGACUUUUUAUCAGAGGAAUACGAUAGUGAGGAUGUUGACUAUGAUAACUCCGAAAUGGACGAUUUUAUUGUUGAUGACAACGAUAUGAGUGAAGACCAUGAUGAUAGAACAGAUAGUAAUAGCGAGAGUGAUGAUAUAUCUGAUAGUUAUCAAAGACCUGCUAAAAAGAAGGUCCUUAAAAAGAAUUUACCUGAAAUUUCUGAUGAAAAUGAUGAAUUAUCAGAUGAAACUGACCAAAAGAGUAAGAAGAAGACAAAGAAAGCCACAAAAACCAAUAAAAAGAAGGAAUCUUCUGAAUUAGAAGAUUCAGAUUUCGAAGAUGUUGAAGAGCCACCAAAACAAAAGAAGAAACUAUCUAAGCAUGAUUCUGAGUCCGAUUUGGAAAGCGAGGAUGAGAAAUCUUCAAAGAAAUCAAAGAAAGAUUCAUCAGAUUUAGAAUUUUCAGAAGAAGAAAAGCCAAAACAUAAGAAACAAGCUAAGAAGUUGGUUAAAGCCGAAGAAUCUGAACUUGAAAGUGAUUUUGAGGAACCAAAGAAGAAAUCAAAGAAAUUAAAGCAAGAAAGCUCAGAUUUAGAAGAUUCUGACUUCGAAAAACCAGAGAAAAAGUCGAAAGAUAACAAUGAACCAAAGGAAAUUAAUAAAUCUCAGAUAGAAGAUCCAGAUUUUAAUGAAGAAGAGGAACCAAAGAAGAAAUCAAAGAGGAAGACAAAGAAAUCGAAAGAAGAUGAUUAUAACCCUACUAAAAAUGAUAAAUUAUCCGAUUUCGAAGAUUUGGAAAAUGAUGAUUUCCAAAAUAGCGAAGAAAAGAAAGCAGAAGUUGAAGAAUCACCAAGAAGAAGGAGAAGACAUCGUUCGCACCAUGAAAAUGAGCCAGAAACCCAAGAAACUCAGGAAACUCCUCAAGAUACAGCAAAUGAGACUCCAAAAAGAAGAAGACAUAGACAUAAAUCAACACAAGAAGCUACUGAAGAAUCUGUCCCGCCUGAAUCUGCUGAACAAAGCCAAACAAAGUCUCAUCGCCGCCAUCAUCAUGAAGAAACUCCUGAACAAAGCGUUGCUGAGUCACCAAAACGAUCCCGCAAGCAUCACAAGCAUGAAUCUGCUGACGAUGAUAUUGAUUUUUCUCUUAGUAUCAGUUCAUCUCCAAAAUCUUCUAAAAAUCCAACUGAUGAGAUCAAGAAAAGUAAGUUAACGCAAAACAUAUCAGAUAAAGAUCUAAAAGAUACAGAUGAUGAACUUGAAGAAGAAACAAAUAAAAAAAUACCAAAAUCAAAAUCGAAAAAAGAAAGCUCUGAUCUCAGUUUGAGCGAAGAAGAACCUACACAAAGCAAGUCUAAGCCAAAAGGAAAGCGUUUAACUCAAGCAACUGAUGAAGAAUUAAAUCAUGAAUCAUCAUUAGAGGCAACACCGGUCAAAAAAGCAACAAUCGAAAUACCAAGGAAGAGUGAUGAUACUUCUGACUUUACUUUGUCAUCAGCUUCAUCUUUAUCCUCAGAUAGCGAAGAUUCCCACCAAAACAUUCCAAAUUGGAUGAUUACAACGAGAAACAAUGAUCCGUUCAUCUUCCCUCAGCAAGGCAUGAGAUUUGUCUUACUCAAACUUCCAUUCGAAAGGUAUAAAAAGAGCUAUCAACAAGAAUUUACUCCUCCUUACGUUCUAAAAAAGACUUUGGGAAAUGUAGAAGCAGGAAUCAUUACGGAUAUCGUUUUCCGGCCAAAUGAACUACAUUUUGGAGUAAGUCUUGAUGCCGGAACCCGAUGCAUGCUCUCCCUUCCGAUGCCAAAUUCACCCGGAUACUUAGUUCCAGAGGAUUCAUUCAAAGCAUCACAAAAAGUGACAAUCAAAACCGGCCAAACAUUGAUUUUUAGGAAAAAUGGUCAAAGAAUGACCGGUAUUGUUGAAUCAGUAGAUGACUCUGGUAAAAAUGAUAGGUUCGAAUCUAUCGGAGUUGUUGUUGAAGGAAGAUUCAACAAAAUUUCACCUUGGGAUGUAAUGAAUGUCAGGCAUCAAGUCACAGAACAGCAGAAACAGAUGCAAGCGCUGCUUACUGACUAUAAAAACCUCUCUGGAAAAUACCAAUCUUUGUCAAAUCUUUCAAAUUACAAGAAACAGACAAAGAUGGGUCCAAUGUCUACUAAAAUCAUAAUCCAAAGGAUAAUUAACAACUGGUAUCUAACUAUAGAUAUGCUCAAACGCGAUACAAGUGCUUUAAUUGAUAUUGCAAACAAUUCUCUGUCAACUGAAGAGUCUGGUCACUUUAACGAAGAUGUUAAUGCCAUCUUUCAGAAGAUUAAGCAAUUAUUCAAACAUAGAUAA